UCCCUCCUCUUCGCUUCAGCAGAUACAGAUGUGGCUUGUUUAUUGAAAGCUGAGCAACAGGAAAUACCCCAAAUCUUUGGGGGCCCCGCCGGUGGAGGCCAACAGAAACAUAAGAAUGCGAGCUGCGCGCGCAAACGGCCAAAGUUUCUGUUUAUGGUCACAGAUUAAAAAGUGGAGCGGUGAGAUCUAGAGAGCCAGAAAAGGAAAGACAAGAGGAGGAACAGGUCUGCUUUUGGCCUCUUUUCCUCUCAGGAAACGCAUCCUGUUGCUGGCUGGCUCUGGCGUGUUUGUUGCACAUGGGACAAGGAGGACUUUCGCAAACGCCCCCCAGCUCUCCAGACAAAAGAAUCCAGCAGGCCGUGACGUCUGCGACGGGAUUCUUUUUUAGACGCUCACACACAAACCCGUUUUUUUUUUUUAAAUCGAUCCUGGAGGAGGGCAUGUGCAAACCGAUGAGCAGCACAUUUCAACUCUGACCUACAAACGGAGAGGACUUCUUGUUCCAGUCGACUCAGAAACUGACGCAGGAAGAUUUAUUUUAAAGACGAUGCUUUUGCUUUGCAGAAACUAAACAAAAAGUGAGAAAAGUGCAAAGGAGCGCUAAAAACACACGUGCAGAUUUAAGCGAGCGUGAAGCUGCAGCCAGUGGAAGGAGGUGGAAUGGACCCCGGUGCCGGUUGGACCAACCCGCAGGUACCAGCGCUGCUGUCCGAGGAGGAGGGCUGAGGAUCCGUCGCCACGACAACCGGCUCCCGCAUGACGAUGAAUGGAGAUGUUCUUUAGCUAAAGCGACACUCCUGUGACAGCUGGAAGAAGCAGAGGAAGCGGAGGACGGCGGCGGCGCGGUGGCGGGCGGCGGGCGUCGCAUGGCCGCGCGCAGGCUGGUGGCGGCGGCGGUGGCGGUGGCGCUGCUGUCCCUGGUGCUCAACAACGUGGCGGCCUUCACGCCCAGCUGGGUUCUGCAGGCGCUGGAGGACGGCCGCAAGCGCAGCGUGGGGCUGUGGAGGACGUGUCCCGCCGAGCGCGGACGCGACGACCUGCAGGCGGCCGGCCGCGGCACGCAGAGGCACUGCGCCGCCAUCGGCUGGGGGUCGGAGUUCGCCGGCUACCAGGAGUCCCGCAGCACCGUCAAACUGCAGUUCAACAUGAUGCGAGCGUGCAACCUGAUAGCGACGGUGGCGCUGACGGCCGGCCAGCUCAUCUUCCUCCUGGGCCUGAUGGAGCUGCCCUUCGUCACGCAGGAGUCCCAGUGGUGGGAGGAGGCCAUCGCCGCGCUCUUCCAGCUAGCCAGUUUUGUGCUGGUGAUCGGACUGGUCACGUUCUACCGGGUUGGGCCCUACACACACCUGUCCUACUCCUGCUACGUGAACAUCGCAGCCUGCCUGCUGGCCACUAUGGCCGCCGCCAUGCUCAUCUGGAACAUUUUACACCGGCGGGACGACUGCCUCGCCCCGCGGGUCAUAAUCUUCAGUCCGCCGCUGGCCUCUGCCUUUCAUCCACGGCUGGACAACGAGUAUGUAGAGUCGCCAUGUUGAGCGAAGCCAGAUGGGGAAAUGGACUGAAACGACAACACUGAGCUCUGAAAAGCUCCUAUUAUUUCUUGGCUGCAUGUCUGUAACGAGACUCUAAAGACAAGGUGCAUUCCUGUGGACAAACUUGUUUUUGCAGCUUUACAAAGUUUUUCCUUUGAAUAUAACAGAAUUAUGUUUGCUGCUUAAAGCACAUAUUUAUCCAAAAUACCACGAAGCAGCCAAAACAUACAUUUAUACUGUAUGAAAUCUUAUAUAAGCCCCUUAAGGUGAGCUAACUGGUUGCCAACUUUGAGUUUGGACAUGAACUGUCUUCCAUACGACAUCUUUAUAAAAAGAUCAAGCUGGAACUUGACCUGAUUUUGUUGAAUCGCACUUAGUGAAUUGUCCCGUACAUAAUUAUGAAUUGGGAAUAACAACAUUACCUCAUAUUGUCUCCAUCAUUGAAAGUGCAUAAACAUUUAAAUACAUGCUAAUGUUAUUAGCAUAUUGGUGAGUUGGCUACAUGCUAACAAGGCUACAGGCUUAAAGUAAAUAUUUUGGUCUCGUUACGCACAAAACCAGAGUGGAUCUAAUCGGUGGAAGCAAAAAUACAAAAACUUUUAUGUGAAAUUAUUAGAAUUUUUUUGCAGUUUUUGAAAUAGAUUUUUUUAAAAUGACGGUGAAUAUUACAUUUACUUGUUAUGAUGCUUUCCUUAUUACAUUCUGCUUGCUUGUGGUACAUUCUGUAUACCUUAAAUUAAGAGACUAGGAUAGUGCUAUUACAGGUGUGAUAUUAAUGUGUGUCCGAGUCCUCCAGGGCAGCAAGAAAUGGGGCACAUCAACAAAAUAUCAUUGUAAAUUCAAUAAAAAAAAUAUUUCCGAAUAAACAUAA